CAGUAGAGUCAAGCGUUUGUCGAUGAUUGUUGACGGUUGAAGUUUACAGACUAUACAUUUCAUUUCAUUCAAGAAACCAGGAAUUAAGAACCUUCGUCGAAUAUUGUUAGCGAUGUUUUGCAGAUUUUGGAUUUACCUGUUUUGUGCCUGUUUUGCGGAGAUGGUGUUAGUCAAAGGUGCCAGUCAGGAUAAAGGAAAGACGACUUGUGGUUCUCCAGGUAUACCAGGUAUUCCUGGUGCUCCAGGGAGUCCCGGUCGAAAUGCCGGGCCUGGGCCAGCUGGCCCCCCUGGACCAAAAGGAGAGCCCGGGAAGCCUGGAGCGAGUGCGUAUACGUCAGAUUUAAACUGGAAACAAUGUGUUUGGAAGAGGGAGGAUUUAAAAGAGAAUGGCUUGAUACAGAACUGUAUUUUCAACAAGAAAUAUAGCAACACCUCGCUUCGUGUAUUUUACGAAGGAACACUCCGAUCUCUUGGCAGUAAUGUCUGCAAUCGAUGGUAUUUUACAUUUGACGGCGCAGAAUGUACAAAACCAGCGACAAUUGAAGGGGUUGUUUACGUUGCAUCAACUCAAGUCAACCCUCAUCGUUCGCGCCAUAUUGAAGGCUUCUGUGACCAGGUCCCUAAAGGUCAUGUACGUGUUGGAUUCUGGAUAGGCAAGUGUGAGGUUAAGACUCUUGGAAAUGGUAAUACUGGUUAUCUUUCUGUAUCUCGCAUUGUAAUCGAAGAGGUGCCACCUCCUCAAAAGUAAACGAAACUAAGCCAACAGUAUCCUUACUUUCAGUAUUUUUAACAUAUACCGCAUCAUUAAGUAGAACAUUUAUCUGUGAUCCUUUAUCAGUACAUUAUCUUUAAAAGUAUAACUUGCCGUAUAUAUUUCAUGUAUUUAACUCACUAUAUCACUUUUUUUGUUCGCUGGCACUCUACACAUGCAGUUAUUCUAAUGGAUUGUGUGAAGUGCAAAAGAAGGUUUAAGAAUGCUAGACAGGGGUUGGAGGUCAUAUAACGACUGUGUUGUAACGUGAUGGUUAAUGAAAUCAAACUAAAAGUAAUUUAGAAACUUAUAGUCACAGAACAUUGAACUGCGAACGUUCACAGAGCUUUGAAAUUAUGCUUAGUGUUCUUUCCAACUACGUAAUAAUAUUCUUAUAAGUCCAGGGCUAAUACGAGUAAAUCACUACUUAUUAAAAUAUUUUGUAAACAUUUAAGCUGCGAA